AUGGGCGCCGGCGAGUCCAGUGCCGGGGACGGCAAUCAGGAUCCGAUCAUCGACCGGAGUCAGUACUAUGACGGCCCCAACGUGAUUGAGUUGGCCUACAGUCCGUUGGGUGGCUUUGGUGGCUUCACGGCCUACCACUCCAGCGUAGUAGUUAACGGCACCGAGUUAUCAAAUGCAAAUAUGUGUCUGGGUCUGGAAGCAUGUAACUUGUGAUGCUGCAUUUGGAUACUACAAAAAUCUGUAUUGCAUGAACAGCAAAACAAGAGGUCCAACUUUUGCCACUGCGAGAGGGCAUUAUUUCUCGUGCGGUAUAGGCAUCAGGAAGCCCUGCUCACAAAAUCUGUGAUGCUAGAGCAUGCAUCACAGACGUAAGGAGUCAUGUAAAAUGUGCAUGACAAACCCAAUGAAAAAAAAAAAAAAAUGUGCAUGACAAACCUCGCAUCCUUCCAGACCCAGACAUAUUUGCAUUUGAUACGAGUACUUUUUUGACGGCAACGGCAUCGAAUCCUCCUCAAACUCUAUCAAUUGCAAAUAUGUCGGGGUUUCGAAACUUGUGUUGCAGACUGGCUGCCUGCGGCAUAACAGCAUGAGAAAUUUCCCUCGGCUCCUUGCGAAUUCAUCAUUCGUAUUACAACGUCCAGCACGAAAAAAAAGAACUGGCCCAUCGUAUCGAUGUUGUCCUUCAAAUUUCGCAUCACAAAUCCGGACCCAGACAUACUUGCAAUGCAUAGACUUUGCCUCGCACCAAUUUGCCGACCAGCAGGGGGGCGAUGGUAAUUUGCCCGGCGGCGCGGCGGGACAACCGGCGGACUUUGCAAACUCGCAGCAGUCCAUGACAACCUCUUCCUCCAGCAGUCGGGGCGGCCCACAGGGAGGUGGUGGUGGUGCUCCCGCGCAGCGGUCCAAGAUGCAAAUCAUGAAGAUAUCAAGUGCAUCAAAUAUGUCUGGAUCCUCUGGAGAAGUGCAAACUCGUCAAUGAGUCCUUUGGGUCACACAAAAAUACGUCUUGCAUGUCACUACCAAAAGUCAUAAACUUUUCUUCAAGGUGACGAGAGGCAGCUUCUCAUGUGCGACAUGCUGGAUAGGCAGUAUACUAUAAAGACCUUGCAGAGCGGCCAGAAUCUGUGAUGCUAGAAGGUCCUGUGUGUCAGAACACAUCUUCAGGUGAGAAAAACCUUAAGCUUCAUAAAGAGAAGUUCAAGUAGGUUUGCAUUCUUCCAGAGGACCCGGACGUGAUUGCAUUCGACAGAAGAUGGGUAAGAGCAACAAAACCGGGACACAGCUUGUACAGGCUCUCCGCAAGUACUUUCCGGCCGAUAUCAAACAGCAGAAAUUUGAAUUUCAUUUUCCAAUCAGGCGAAAAAGUGGUCAACGGAUUUGCAUAAUAAAUUACUGUCGUGCUCAUGGUCAUGCUUUCUUUGUUCUUAUUGUUGUUUGAUCUUCUUCCAUGUGCAUGUGAUUCCGUACGUAAAUGUUUGCCAGCUACGCUCCUUCGUUACUUAGUGUCUCACUUGUGAUACCCUUUUUUGUAUUGGACGUGGAACUCACGGUGGAGAACUACAAAACUGUGGUGCAGGUGGCACCUUCUGCGGUGAUUUGAAGCGCAGCGAAGAAGAUCAUGAUGAGUGUAUCUGUAUACGAUAGUAGUACGAGGAAGCUGAGAGCGCUGCUCGCCAUAGUACGCGGCCCGAGAUGAAAGGAAAAUGAUUUUCCUGCAUGAUAGCGGGCCACUACGAUCUGCUACGCAAGAAUUGCAACUCGUUUUCCGACGUCGCGCUUUUCUAUUGUUUGGGAAUCAGGCUGGAUAAGUCGUUCAGGUAUAAAUCAAAAUCUAAAAACGGAGCGGGUCGUUUAUUGCAGCUGCUUUUCUUUCAGUAGAAAAGAAAAGGAAUUUAUUUUUCCGGCAUGGUCUCUACUGCUACUGGCCACUGUGACUGAAGGUUGAGUCAUGAUGAGUGCUGAUGAAGAUGAAGAUGAUGUCUUGUUCACGAGUGAACUUGAACUAUCUUAACGUGGUUAACGAAUAGUGUGAAUUGAUUGUGAUUUUUGAAAAGUACUUAUAUAAAACAGAAAAAUGGAGAAGCUGGGGCAGUCGUGGCAAGGCCUACUGGGAGAUCAGUAUGAGCCCAAUCCGAUGGCGGACAACUUUGACGUAGAAAUAUGCAGCGCAAACAAGAUCCUGCAAAAAUAGAUGCAAAAUGGAAAUGAAGGAAGCACAUCAAAAAUCGUGACCUUGACGAGAUACCGAAGUAGAACAUGUCUCAUCAAUCAGCUGCGCUUAUUUUAUAUCCCGGGAACGGAACGAUCAAAAAAACUUGAGCAGCCUCUAUAUGAUCAUAGACGCUGCAUCUUCCUGUAUUCUUGUUUUUCUUGAAUGACUAUGACCGAGUCAUCAUGCAUCUCUAUCUAUUUUCGCACAACUGCUCCUGCUCCAUACGAAACGGUCAUCGCCGAUAUCGACCCGGCCAAAAUGUGGCGAACGCCCGGGUACACGCUUGGAACCGGCAGCGUGACGACACCAGGCGGACAGCAGCCCAGCGGAGGUGCCGGGGAAGGUGCCGGGCAGCUCAGCGCGGAGGAAAUGCGCAGGAAGAGACUGGAAGCUUUGGAAAAAAGACAACAAGCGCUUGCCUUGGCGGAAAACAACAAACCGAAUGUGAAUGAAUGA